AUGGUUUCGACCUCGAUCUCUAAGCGAUCUACGGACGUCGGUCUUAACGAUAUGACUACUAAAAGCCCGACAACAUGCCGGUACAAAACUGGUAAAUGUCAAAACACCCGGUCCCGUAAGCGCAACGGCCAGCCACAUCAGCUGUGCCUGUACCACCGUGACAAGGCCAACAUGACCCAGCGCAAGUUUGACCGCCAGAAACGUCAUGCAGCGCGAUCACAGAAAAGUUGUGGCUUGCAUGAUGUAGAGAAUUCGAGUUUUGUCUCGAUGUUGGAAAAUUCGGCUCACAAGCUUCCGUCAGUUUCAACGGAUUCUACUGCAUCCUCUAGAAACUCAGCGUCUUCACUGUCCGACUUGUCAGACACUUCCGAAGCAGUCCAUAUGUACUCUCCCGACUCGCCAGACUGCGAGUUGAAUGAAAGCGUUUGGGCAGAGAUCCCCGAGGCAGCCUCUUCCUAUUUUAUCGAGUAUGCAGACGUGUCUAUGGACUGGCAUCAGAGUUACUUGUCCACAGAUGAGAUCGAUUUUCUAUGCUCUGCGAUUCUAGAGUAA